AUGUCACCUGUUCCCCAAUCCAUUAUCCGCGCGCUUUCGCUUUCCCCUGACCCGUCAAAAUCCAGCUUAUCCGGUCUUGGAUCUGGAUUCUCGACAACAGGACGCAUAACCGCACGUGUUUCAUCUAACACAGGAGAAGAGGAUAAGGAGAGAAAAUUCUUUGUCAAAACUUCUCCCGAUGGAGAAGAAAUGUUUCGAGGCGAAUACGCCUCUCUGAAUGCCAUUGCCGAUAGUGUCCCAGGUUUCUGCCCCAGAGCGCUGGCAUGGGGCUCUUUACUCGAAGAGAAGAAAAAAGGGCAUUUCCUCGUUACGGAAUUUUUGGAUCUUGGAGGAGGUGGAGGAGCAAGGGGGAGCAAAAAGUCGACACUGGCGCAGAGUUUAGGAAAACUGCAUACCACGCCUGCGCCUCCACCGCCAGACGGCGACAAACCAAUGUUUGGAUUUCCAGUAGCCACAUUCUGCGGAGAUUCAAGACAGCCAAACAAGUUCCGAGAAUCCUGGGCUGAUUUCUAUGCAAAUGAGCGAUUAAUGAUGAUUCUUGCGGAGUCGGAGAGACGAAAUGGAUCUGACAGGCAUCUGCGCGAUCUCGUUGAGCAGACGUCUUUUGUAGUCGUGCCACGGCUGUUGGGCGACGAGCAUUUGGGAUAUGACAAGAAGAAUGGAACUGGCCAGGGGAUUUUCCCAGUCGUUGUGCAUGGAGACUUGUGGAGUGGGAAUGCGAGUAGAGGACGAAUUGUUAGGGGGCCAGGCGAGGAAGAAACCGAAGUUUCUGACGUUGUCUACGACCCUUGUGCAUGUUAUGCACAUAAUGAAUAUGAGUUGGGCAUUAUGCACAUGUUUGGUGGGUUUGGAAGGGCCUUUUUUGAUGAAUAUCAUAAAAUCGUGCCCAAGACCGAGCCUGUAGAGGAAUAUGACGAUCGAGUCAAGCUUUAUGAGCUAUAUCAUCAUCUUAACCACCAUGCAAUCUUUGGAGGAGGAUACCGGUCUGGCGCUGUUUCUAUCAUGACGAGACUGAUCAACAAAUACGGCAAAGCAUAG